AUGUCUCGAUUACGUCAUCUGAGCGUUUUCGAGACACUCAGCAAGUUUUACAUCGUUGGUUCGGAUGUUUCGAAAACUCGUUAUCGUCUGUUAAAAAUAGAUCGAUUAGAACCAUGGAAAUUGAAUACUGGCGAAGCGGAGCAGGAAUAUUCCCGAGCGGACAUCAUGGAACUGCUGGCCACCAUCUCAGAGGGCAAUUCCAGGAUAUUCUUUGUGCUUGCUUGA